GCAACCGCUACUGAAGGAACAGUCCAGAUCUGUUUUUGAACUGCUAGCCAGUGAUUCAGAAAAAGCCGGUACUAGGAUAGAAAACCGGAAUUUACCGAUAGCAACCGAUAGCAACCAUGGGCGGAACGUAGUCCAGUGGUAAAGCAAACUUCUGAUGCGCGAUCGAUCUAGGAUCAACCAUCGUCGGUGGACCCGUUGGGUUAUUUUUCGUUCCUGCCAGUGUUCCAGGACCACGACUAGUUUAACUAAGGCCAUGCUUCACCUCCAAUGUCAUGGGGAAGAGCAAGAAAUUUAACAGGAUUCUGGAUGCUGGGGUUGUGCAACAACUUCGCCUACGUUGUGAUGCUCAGUGCCGCCUACGACAUCCUCACGGAAGAAGAGAAGGCUGCGAAUGGCACCAACACAACGACAGUGGCGCCAAUUUCCACUAGUGCACCUCUGACCUUGAUGACUUCAGAAAUAUCUCCAAACAAUAAGACUACCGUGUACCUGGAAUGUAACAAGAUCGGAACAGGAGCAAUAUUACUUGCAGAUAUUCUUCCAACAUUGUUAAUUAAGUUGACAGCACCCUGGUACAUGCAAAAAAUUAAAUAUUGGAUCAGGGUGGUGCUAACAGUGUUGUUUGCCCUUGCGAGUUUUCUUAUCGUCGGUUUGUCUGAAGUCAUUUGGGCCAAUAUAUUUGGCGUUGUCUGUGCAAGUAUCAGUGCUGGAGUUGGUGAGAUAACAUUUCUCAGUCUUUCAACUUUCUACCACAGAGAUGUGGUGUCCACGUGGUCUUCUGGGACAGGUGGCGCUGGUAUAUUUGGGGCAUUGGCCUAUGCCGCGAUUACUGCCCUUGUGUCACCUCGAGUAACUCUGUACAUUUUCACUGUAAUACCUGUUAUCAUGGGUCUCAGCUAUUUUCUAUUACUUACAAGCUAUGAAAAGACAGCUGACUUAUUACCUGCUAAAAGUGAUGAGUCAAUGCUUAUUAAAAAAGAGUUGACGCUGUUAGCAAAAUUGGGAUUGGUUAAGCCACUUCUGAAGUACAUGAUUCCUUUAACCACUGUGUACUUCUGCGAAUAUUUCAUCAAUCAGGGCUUGCAUGAACUACUGUACUUCUAUAAAAUCUGGAUCGUCAAAUCUGAACAGUACAGAUGGUAUCAAGUAAUUUACCAACUGGGCGUGUUCAUCUCGAGGUCAUCGGUCAACUGCUUUCAGAUCAAGAAAUUAUGGAUCCUUCCGAUUCUUCAGUUGGCCAAUCUUGUUGUUUUGCUGACGCAGGUGUAUUUUCGGUAUAUUCCUAACAUCUGGAUUAUUUUCGCUAUCAUCCUUUUUGAGGGGUUACUAGGUGGCGCUGCCUACGUCAACACAUUCUACAGAAUGUCGCAAGAAAUUCCUUCUGAACACAGAGAGUUUAGUCUUGGAGUGGCUACUCUUGGCGAUUCUAUAGGCAUAGCAGCGGCAGGAGCCGUGGCCAUACCAUCACACAACAGACUAUGUGACCUUCGCCUUAAGAUGUAGUGUCAAAUGCGGCAUUUUGUAAUCAGUCCAAAUGAAAAAAUGUUCUCUCUCUUUUUUCUGUUUCUGUUUCAACAAAGCAGUACCUUUCUACAUCUGUAAUAUAGCUGGCCUCUUUGUAACACCAAUAAUAACGAGAGAGCGGAACUUUAGCCAUUAUGGAUCACCUGAUACGCGAUCGAUCAGUCCACGUCGGUUGGCCAUUUCUCAUUCGAGCCAGCGUUCUACAGCUGGCUGAGCAAAGACCGUGACAUGUAUUAUCCUGUCUGUGGGAUGGUGCAUAUAAAAUAUCCCUUAAUUGUUGCUAACGAAAAAUAGUAGCCUAUGGCAUGGCGGCAGUGGGCUUCCUUUAUGUUUUUUUCUGUGUGGUUUUUAACCAUAUGUAUAAAUAAAACUUUAAAUAAAAAUAUGUUGUGUGUAUUGUGAAAUAAAACCAUUGUUAUAUUA